AUGAAGUUUGGGGAAGAGUUUGAUGGGCAGAUGGUUCCAGAAUGGCAACAAGCUUACAUGGAUUAUUCUUCUCUCAAAUCCAUUCUUCAAGAAAUCCAAAACUCACGGGAAAGAUCAAGAACAGCAGGUGCCUUGAGACCCAAGAAAUCUGUUUACCGCAACUUCAGCGGUCUGACAAAGCGGUACAGCCGCGCCGCCUCGUAUUUGGAUCUCGAAAACCAGGACAUUAUGGUGAGUACACGGAUUGGUGAUGAUGGGUUUGAGAGAUACGAGACGGCCAUCAUGAAAGUUGCGGAAGCAGGAAGAGAGUCAGAGCUUGUGUUCUUUAAAACCCUAGAUCUGGAGUUCGAUAAAGUGAACCAUUUUUACCGGUCUAAAGUGGAUGAGAUGAUGAAGGAGGCAGUGGGUUUAAACAAACAAAUGGAUGCUUUGUUUGCUUACAGAAUCAAAGUUGAACGACCUUCUUCUUCUUGGACCUGCUCUGAAACAGUAUCAGUUGAUGUGAAUGCCUUGGAUUGCAAGGAACAGAGGAGGAAGACAUUAGCUGAUGAGAUGGGAAUCGAAAUAAAAGAAUCCAGCGGUGGAGAUUCAACAAAAGAGAGCACACCAGCGGCUUUAAGUAUAGACCGUAUCAGAUUAAACAAAACUCAAGAAACUCCACUGUCCACAAUCAGAAACAUCCUCAAGCUAUCUAACCAAGAAGAGCUCAAAUUCACAAGAGAGACUCUCAAGAAAAUAGAAGAACGGCUUAAGAAUGUCUUCAUCGAGUUUUAUCGCAAGCUUAGACAUCUCAAGAAUUACAGCUUCUUAAACACCUUGGCGAUUUCAAAGAUCAUGAAGAAGUAUGAUAAGAUUGCUUCAAGAAAUGCAGCAAAACCUUACAUGGAGAUGGUAGAUAAGUCCUACCUCACUAGUUCUGAUGAGAUCAACAAACUUAUGGUGAGAGUUGAGUCUAUUUUCGUCGAGCAUUUCGCCAGUUCGAACCGAAGCAAAGGAAUGAAUCUCUUAAGACCAAUAGUGAAGAAAGAAAGACAUCGUAUAACGUUUUCAACUGGCUUUUUUGUGGGCUGUUCAGUCUCUCUAGUGAUUGCCCUUGUCUUGUUCAUCCAUGCACGCAACAUAAUAGGCACAGAUGGACAAAAACUCUACAUGGAGACAAUGUUUCCUCUCUACAGUUUGUUUGGAUUCAUUGUCCUGCACAUGAUCAUGUAUGCUUCAAACAUAUACUUCUGGAAGAAAUAUCGAGUGAAUUAUGCAUUCAUAUUCGGGUUCAAAGAAGGAACAGAGCUUGGUUACAGACCAGUUUUGCUUCUAAGCUUUGGCCUCGGCACGCUUGCUCUAGCUGCUGUUCUUAUAAACCUUGACAUGGAGAUGGAUCCUAAUACUAAUGACUACAAGACAAUCACUGAACUUCUUCCCCUCUUCGUUGUAGCUAUUGUCAUGGCCAUUUCUGUGUGUCCCUUCAACAUUUUCUAUCGGUCGAGCCGAUUCUUCUUCCUAGCAGUUAUAUUCCGCUGCAUAGCUGCGCCGCUCUACAAGGUUAGUCUUCCGGAUUUUUUCUUGGCCGACCAGUUAACAAGCCAGGUUCAAGCUCUGAGGAGUCUACAGUUCUACGUAUGUUACUACGGCUGGGGAGACUUCAGGCUAAGAAGAAACACAUGCAGAUCAAGCGAUGUAUAUAACACAUUCAACUUCAUUGUCGCUGUGAUUCCUUACUGGUCACGUUUCCUUCAGUGUGUUCGAAGGUUGAUCGAAGAGAAAGAUAUAAGCCAAGGCUUCAAUGCUCUCAAGUAUUUGUUGACCAUCGUUGCUGUGUGCUUGAGAACAGCUUACAGCCUUAACAGAGGAAACAACUGGAGACUCGCUGCAUGGGUUUUCUCGGCCUUGGCAACUUUCUACGGUACAUAUUGGGACAUUGUGCAUGACUGGGGAUUUCUUCAUAAUCCAUCUAAGACUUGGCUUAGAGAGAAGCUUCUUGUUCCUCACAAAUCCGUCUACUACGUUGCAAUGGUGGUGAACGUUGUGUUGAGGUUGGCAUGGUUGCAGACUGUUCUUGAUUUCAACUCCUCGUUCUUGCAUAGAGAGACAAUGAUUGCUCUCCUAACUAUUCUUGAGAUCAUACGCCGUGGUAUCUGGAACUUCUUUAGGUUAGAGAACGAACAUUUGAACAACGUGGGGAAGUUCAGAGCAUUCAAAUCAGUUCCAUUACCGUUCAACUACGGUGAAGAGGAAGACUCGAGAUAGUUAGGUAUAUAAGAUUGGACCUAUUCAAGGUUGUUCCAAAGAGUGGUGUUUCUAUUUUGUUACUGGUAUUGCUAUAGACUCCUUGUAAGGAAAUUAGCAUAAAGGCUUAGGAUAAAACGGUUUUGCCUAGGGUUUGUGCUCUCUAGUCACCAUGUCCCCAAAUCAUAUUUCAAACCAAGAUUGGUCCA